GUUCCGGGGAGCGCCGCGGGGCCGCCUGGGCUGUGGGUCCGCCCUCCCCCUCGGGGCGGAGCGGAGGCGCGGGGCCGCCGGAAGCCGCUGGGGCGGCCGGAAGUGGCCGGGCUCGGGCUGGCUGCCGCAGCGGUUGCCGCCAUGAGCUGCCUGCGGGAGGAGGACGAUCCGUACGUGGUGGAGGAGCCCAGCGACGAGGAGCGAGCGCUCAGCAGCUCGGAAGAUGAGGUGGACGUGCUGUUACAUGGCACUCCGGACCAGAAGCGGAAGCUGAUCCGGGAGUGCCUGACUGGGGAGAGCGAGUCUUCCAGUGACGAUGAGUUCCAGAAGGAGAUGGAAGCGGAGCUGAACACCACCAUGAGGACUAUGCAAGGCAAAUGGAAAUCGCCAGAAAUGGGUACUUCCUCGAGUACUGGUCAGAUGGGACCUGACACCACUUCAAAAUACUAUGAUGACAUUUACUUUGAUUCUGAUUCAGAGGACGAAGAUAAAAUAGUUACACAGGACAUCCAGAAAAAAAGAAAACAUCAGCAACGUCGGAUUCUUUCCAAUGAUGAGUUGCUAUAUGACCCAGAAGAAGACGAUAGAGACCAAGAGUGGGUAGACUCACAGAGGAGGGGGUACCGUAAUCAAAGCAGAGUGCGGCCACAGCAGCAGCAGACAGAACCUUCAGCUGUUCCAAAUAGUGAUGCUGUUUUGAAUUGCCCAGCUUGCAUGACAACGUUAUGCCUGGACUGCCAGAGACAUGAAUCUUACAAAACACAAUAUAGAGCCAUGUUUGUGAUGAACUGCAUUGUUAACAAAGAGGAAAUUCUGAAAUAUAGAAAAAAGCUAAAGAAAAGAAGUAAGAAAAUGAAGCACAGCAAAGAGACUACUUCUAUACAAUCAAAUGAGGAAGAGGAGGAAGUGUAUCAUCCAGUGUUAUGUACUGAAUGCUCAACUGAAGUGGCAGUAAUGGAUAAAGAUGAAGUUUUUCACUUCUUCAAUGUUCUAGCCAGCCACUCCUAAUGUGCAAAAGCAGCGGGGGGGUCCUGCACUGUUUAAGACUGCGUGAAGUAUCAGAAAUGCAGACAUGCUAAUCUUUUUUAAAUAUGGUCUUUUAAAUGUACAUUUUCAUUAGAGAACUUUAUAAUGGUUAGAUUUUUGCAAAGUUUAUGAAGGGAAUACAGUUAACUGCCUGCAUUUGAGAGCAAUAUUCUUUCACACCAUCGGGUAGUUGCAUCAUUGAGGAUUUAAAAUUUUGUAAAUAUAAUGUAAGAUCUGUGUAUUAUGAUCAUUCCCUGUAAAUAUUCUAUCCAUUAUCUCAAUAUGUAUUAGAAUUGCUGCUUAGAAUAAAUACUGUAUAGUAACUGGUUCUCCAUAGCUGCAUUGGUCAUUUCUGUGGAACGUGGUAGACAAUUCUGUUGGGAUGUUGGGCUUCUUUAGCCUCAUAUUCUUGGUAGAUGUGCACACAGGUAGGUUUGAUAAAGAAGGUUUGAGAAGGAAGGAAUUGCCAUCGUGCAGGGUGUUUCAAGAAGAUGAACCCAGUUUCAAAGAAGUCUUGAUUCGAAUUAAGUCUGUCUUUUUGAAACACCUUGUGUUUGGCUUUUGGUCCAUUAAGAUCUAAGAAAUGAAAAUUUUUAUUUAUACAGAGUGGAAGGUUAGCCGACACUGAGUUUGCUGGCAUGGAUCAUUUAAAUAAACAUAUUAAUGCUUAGCAACACAGUUAAGAGUUUUUAAUGUAAAUAUGUAUAUGAAGAAAAUACUGGAAAUUUUUUUCUGUUGUUUUUUUUUCUUACAAUGACACAUUUUAAGAAUAAAUUUAUGGUCAGAUCUAUGACCACAGGCCUAGUUUGUAUGCUUUUCCUGUUUCUUUAGUAUGUUUACAGCUUAUUUAUGGGAGCAUAAAGAACUUCUGCUACUUGAUAUUUACACAUCUCGCUUAGUCUAUGAAAACGAUCCAACGUUGGAUCUCUCUUCCUCCAGGCACCUCCCAAGAGGUGACCUCUUGAUUUUUAUUAGUAAGAAAUGCCUCCUCUUUAUAGAUUGAUAUUUUUUAACACUUGACUUGAACAAGGGUCUUUCUGAAAAGAAAAUCUCAUCUUUAUACUUUUAAUAGUACUAGGAAUAAUGUAUAUGUGCUUUGAGGAAUUGUCAGAAAUAUUUAAAGUCGGGAGGGAGGGAUCUGAAGAAUAUACUUAUUUUGUGCCUCAGACUAUAAUAAAAUCUUGUGACUCUUUGGUUA